AUGUCUAAUCAGUCAAAUAACGUCAACGACCGUCUUUUCUACGAUAUGGAAAAUGAUCCACAAAUGUCGGAGCCAACAUAUCAUGCUCUCCAGGAUGAAGAAUCAUCUACUGAUAAUCUCACUUGUGGCCGAAAACCAUGUGAUAUCAACACAAAGCGCAACUCAAUACUAUUUGCAUCAUGGAGCGGAAGAAGGAAGAUACCUGUAACGUGGACCACUAUAAUCCUGGUCACAACUUUGGGCGCCAGCGUCAUGCUUAAUAUCCUAAUUGUUAUGCAAUUUGGAGUUUAUAAAGUAAUUGGGUCGAAGUUCGGCUCUCUGUAUGCUGGACUAGUAAAUGAUGUUCAAACACCAUUUUCGUGGAAUAGCCCAUGGAAUAACCCAAACGAUACUGAGAGAAACAAGCUAUGGUACGAAAGUGAAGACGCGGAUAAAGGCAUCAUUGCUAUCGACAACAACUCGAAGCGUACAAUAUACAUUGCCAUUGACCAAUACGCUACUGGAGUUUCACAAAGCGUCAACCACCAGCACGUUUUGCAUUGUUUGUCCACCCUUCGUUCCGAAAUCAUUUGCACUGCAGACGACACACCACGAUGGACAGACAGCAAUGGCCAAAAGCCAGGCGAAGGACAGGAGCGAACCUGUCGUGAUUGGAGUAAGCUAGAAGCUUAUGUGGAAGAGCACACAGGUUGUUUCAAAUAUAUCAAACCCGAGGCUCAUAACAUGAGCGAGCUCGAACGGAUGAAGUAUUGUCCGAACAACAGCAAAUAUUUGCCCAUGAUCCGUCAAUAUUUCGACUUGCCAAAGGAAUGGCUACCGUGGCCAUAUGUCGAGCAAGAAUCUUUUUUGACCAAUAGCGAGAUACUGAAAGAGCGGAAUUCCACAUAA